AAUACAGUGCCCUUCCUUUUUGAGUGUCAAAAUAGUAGCCUUGCGCAGGACAUGAUGGGAUCCAUUCAAACACUGUCAUUAAUUGGAAUACGACUAACCCUGAUUGACUGUGGCGUGCUGUCUCGUGCGAUUGACCUCUGUGACACAAUAAAACAUCUCAAUUUGUGGGGCUGCCACAUUCAGUGUGAAGGACUCCAGCAACUGGGACCCGGGCUGCACAAAUAUCAGGAAUUGAGACUGGAGAACAAUGCAUUGGCAGAUUCCGGAGUGAAACUGUUGGCUGUGGCUCUGAGGCAUCCUGACUGUAAAAUACAGAAACUAGGGCUGAGAGAUAUUGGUCUCACAGAUUCUUGCACCAACUAUCUCAUCUCUGCACUCGGUACAAACAAAUCAUUGACUAGUCUGGACUUGGGGGAAAACUCCUUAACAGACCGAUCGGUCCCCGCUCUCAGCUACCUGACACGGAUGCUCCCGAGUCUGACAUGGAUCGGGCUGUGGGAGAAUGAAUUCAGUCGAGGUGGAGAGAAUCAGCUGAAGUCUCUGCAGGGAACCAGACCUGGACUGAGUGUGUCUUUGUGAACAUUUCAAUGUAUAUCUGUCACCAUCCUUGGGUUGGCAAUGGGCCUGGCCUGUUUCCUG